GCUCUCACACAUUAAAGCGUAAAAUUGUAUAUAGAUUUACCUCAUUCUUUGAGGUUUAUAAUUUCCUCAGAAAUAUGUUUACACCCUAACUGAGUCUCAUACUAUUUUCUUUAACCCAAACUCCUGCACUUGGAUGCGCAUUCUGCAUAUUAAAUAAUUUGCAUACUAGUGUAUGCACAGUCAAAGAGAUUAACUUGUCUACAUGUCUUAUAUAUCGCCACACUGACUUGCAACUUUUGAUAGACAUCAGCUUUUUGUAGGCCUCAGAAGUCUUUUGUACUAAGGCUUCACAUUUUUUUUUCAUCUUUGAUAAAAUAAAGCCCCUUGUAUCAAGAUGCCACCCUCUGCCAUCUUGCUUUUCUUCCUGUUUGGCCCUGUGGUCUCCACAGUGACUAUUACCUCUGAACGCUCCUCUGUGAAUGGGGGCCCGUUGCUGCUUCUGUUGCGGGGACGCAGCCGUAAGUUCCCUCAGCCCGAUGUGCGGGGCAAGGAGGAAGCUGCCAUGGCAGCAGAUCCAGAGGCAGCCGAGAUCCCUCCGAGACCCCUGCCGCAGAUUAUGCUACCCCGCAACGUGACGGCCGAUGCCCUGAAGCCCCCACUGGGUGCAGCGCAGGUCGCCCCUCCUCCUCGGCGACUGGUAGACGUGGACGUGUGUCAGGGCUACUACGAUGUGAUGGGACAGUUUGACAUCACUUUCAACUGCACCAAGGGCACCUACAUCUACUGCUGCGGCACCUGCCAUUAUCGCUUCUGCUGCGAGCACCAGCGCAACCGUCUAGACCAAGACUCCUGCACUAAUUACCGCUCACCCGACUGGGCCGUCACGACGGGACCUAUCACCCAGCCUCCCAUCCGACACGACCCAGAUUUCGACCCGCUGCAGCAACAGAACAACAACACGGCUUACGUCAUUGGAGGAGUCAUCUCUUUUACCAUGGCUAUGGCCAUUGGGGUUAAAGUGGCCUUCCAUAAACUGUCUCGACGACCGAGGAACAGAGACAUCAACAUGCCUAGAGCGCUGGUGGACAUUCUGCGUCACCAGUCCAGUCCAGUUCAGCAAGGAGAGAGGAACAACAGCACGGUCCUAACAACCGCCACCUCCAGCGAGGGCACGCUGGGGCGGACGUCGAAAAACUUCUACGCUCCCAUCCUCCAGAGCAAAGACAACCGGAAGAGAGUUCCACGCAUAAACAACACCCAGCUGGCCUCCACAGGAACACUGCAGUCCAGCAAGCACAAUAAUUCUGGCUUUCACCCUUCCUUCUCUCACUCCUUCCACAACCUUGCCCAGCUACCUCCAUCAUACGAAACCGUCAUGAAACCAGAGCUCAACCGCUACAGUUCCCUCAAGAGACUAGAGAAAAACUUGGAUGAAUAUUCCGGAUAUUACACCUCCAGGCGAAGGCCAGACAAUGCACCACCCAGCUUCCACUCCUCCCAGCACCACCUGCCCUGGGGUGGUGACUUCACACUGGGUGCCCGAGGUACCCUCCCGCUAAACACUUCCCACACGCGCAUCCACGUGCCCAGUUCCACUUCCACCCCCAACCCCUACCCAUUACCCCAGAUGCAGUACAACCCCACAUUCGACACGAUGAGUAAACCGCCUCGCCGGGUGAUGUCCCAAGACCAGCUUCUGGCGCUGGGGGAGGGGAACACUCUCUCACGCCUCUCCAGGAACCAGCAGCAUCUGUAUUACAAACCCAUGGCCACCAGCAAGAGCUCCAACACCCAGACUUUGCGCAAGUCUCACGAACGCCUCCUGGUGUCUCCGGACCGCCUGGAGGAGCGAAUGAUGGGUGAUUACGGCGGGAUGGUGCCCACCAUGUCCCGUCUCACCCACCACCAUAAAGCGCAAUCCCAGCAGAACGUGUGUGUGACGCCCUCGCUCGACCGCCAUCACAUGAUCAAAAUGAAUUCGCACCCUACCUCCGGCCGCGAGCAAGACCACACAGUCGCCACUAUGUCCUCCGGUCAUGGGGCCGGGAGUUUGGGAUGGGGGGAGGUCCACGGCUCCGGAGGAGGACCCGGAGCGAUGGUGCACAGCGCUCGACGGAUGGCCUUCGCCUCAAAACGCCAGAACACCAUUGAACAGCUGCAUUUCCUCCCCGGGGGAAGUGGGGGAGGGGGCGUAGGGGGUGGAAGUCAGGCGCUGAGGACGGGGAGCAAGAACGAAGUAACCGUGUGAGCGCAAAAAGAAAGAUAGUAAGGAGAUGAUGGAUAGAUGAGAUGAUGGAUAGAUGAGGUGUGAUCCAAACUGAAGGGUGGGAAGAUGGAACAAAGAAUGGAAAGGAGCAAGGAAAUAAGAAAGGGGUCAGAAAUUAGGCCCAUAUGAAGGGAAUACACAAUGUAUUGCUAUUGAGAGAAAGAGGGAUGUAAAAACUAUAGCAUAAGUGAUUCUGUAGAUCCCUAAAUUGUCAAAUUCUCAAUAAAUAGAAAUGUGAAGAAGGGCCCAGGUCUCCUCUGACCUGUGAGUAGCAAAUAGUGUUUCCAUGGCACUAUUCAGACAUGAUCUGGGGAGAUACCAAAAGGAAAAGAUUAAUUAUUAGAAUAGGCCAUGUUUUCUAUAGUUAGUACAUUCCAGCUGAUGUAAAAAAUAGUUUUAGGCGUUAAUUUGUUUUUUUCCUGAAUCCAAUGAUACAGUUGACCUUGCCUCCAAAUUUUUGGUUUCAUUCAACGCAAAGUCAUUCGCAAAGAGGUGUGUCACAUUCAUCAGAAAAACAAGGGAACAAUGAGAUAUACUGGAUGAAACUGACAAGUGUCCAGUAGUACACUGAAUUACCUCACGGAAACAAUGAUUUGACCAGUCUCAAAUCUUAUAUGACUUACCUUGGCAAUGGAUUGUGACUUGGGGAGUAUUGUGCACAUUAAGCAGUUUGCCAUCAAGUGAAGAAAAUACUGGUAAUUCAUCAGAGAGAAGAACUUGAGGACUUGAAAAAUGUCACUCGUUUUGUGACCUGACACUUUAGUCUGCACUGUUAAUAUAAAUCCAAAUGUCAUCAGCCAUAUUAGAGCUUAUUCAUAUGGAGUAUAAUGGAGGAAAACAGUCAUUGAGAGACGGGUGUUAUACUGAUGAUCAGAGAUUUUUAGCCUCUUAUACUGAGACUGUACAUCAAAGCUGACAAGAAUACUUGUGGUUUUGAUUUUUUUUUUGCAUUGUGGAUAACAUUUUGGCUGUUUUAUGAUAUGAUCAAAAGGCUGUCAGAUUGAUGGGUAAAUCAGGUCUGGACUAAAAAUGCUCGAGCAGACAGACAUUUGGAAGUUUAAUUCAGCCAUUGAAAUCUGAUAGAAGUCAUGCCUCUUUAUUGCAUGUUUGACCAAUCAGAGAACAGCUUUAUAUGACGUCUUGGAGUCAUUACAGAUGUUCUGUUAUUUAUAAGCAUUAAGAGCUGAGAUUUAAUCAUGGGCAUGCAGUAAUGUCAAAUAAGACAGCAUACUCUUCAUACUUAAUUUGCAACUCGAGCUGUUGUAUUGAAGGGUGAAAGGGGAAAGGGUUUGGUUAUACAAUGGACAAUUUAUUCCAAGGGCUAUUCUGAAACUUCAUGUGUGUCUGUGCUUCCGUGUUCUGACGGCUUUUUAUCUUUUCCCUUGACACGGCUGUGCGGAACAUAGGCUAUAUGCCAAUGAGUGUACAAAACAGAAAAACAGAACAAAAUCUGCAAAGCUACUUCAAACACUCGGUGUCACACUAGGAUGCAUUAUUAUCUAACCGAUGAGUUAGGAUUUAGGAUUAAAAGGUGUCUUGUUUAUCUAUAUUAUAUUUAAAAAAAAAAUGUAUUUUUUGUUAGCAAUUUCUGUGUUUUUCAGCUGUCUCCACAUCAAAUGGACACUGUUGUGGUGGAAUGUCUGAGAAUGACCUGGCUGAGCAAGAUUAUUGGGCCAUAAUAUAGUUUUUUAGAUCACUCUGCAAUGUUUAACUUUUAUUAACUUUAACUGAAUUUAAAUACGUUAAAAAAGGUUUUUAAAAAAUCAGUUAAAUCCCGAAUGUUCAAAUAUGUAC